AUGGCCCAUUAUGAUUCAGAAGAGGAUGAUCAACCACGAAAGAUUUGUGACCGUCGUGGGGACCUCACACUCGUCGACUGUCAGCCACAGGUGAGAAUCAAGAUGGACCAGCUCGCUGCUCUCCAAGCCCAAAUGCCUGGGUUUCUUUUCGCGGCUCGACCGAUACCGAGUCCACAAUCUAUCACCAAUGCUAAAGACGCGAUGGGUAAUGGAGAAGCUGGCGUUUGGACAGGAAGCGUCUUCAACACUCCUCCUAUGAACCUCUCUCCCCAAUCGAUAUUCGCAUCCCGUCAGAUCGACACACUCAACCACCACGUCAAUUUCGAGCGCUUUAUGAUCCGGCGUAGGUAUACCCCAUGGCUAGCAGGCCUGAAGACCAUGGCAGUAUUUACGGAUGGCGCGUGCGCUUCAAAUGGCCUCGCCACGCCCAAAGGUGGCUGCGCCUUCUCAGUCAACGACGGAAAUGGGCUGUUCUCCCGGCGACUUGAGGAUAAAGGCCCCACCGGCACGGCUUUCACCCCGACGAACAACAGAGCUGAGCUCCGCGCCGUCAUUGACUUUCUCGAAGGCCGUUCAUGGUGGGGGGAAGGCUGGACCCGCAUCGUGGUCAUAACUGACUCUGAGUAUGUGACCAAAGGAGCAACAGUCUGGAUUCGAAAAUGGGCCUCCAAUGGUUGGAAGACCGCUGCUGGCAAGCCUACCGCGAAUCCCGAUCUCUGGAAGGAGCUUUCUAAGCUCAUGGGACAGUAUGCCGAAGGUGGCUGCGAGAUUUCAUUUUGGGCGAUACCACGCGAGUGGAACACUCGUGUUGAUACAGCCGCGAAGAGUGCUUGUAUGUUGGGCACUCAAGAGAAAUAUUCAAGGAUCUCCCUGCUUGGAGUUUGA